GCCUCUGGCGAAUGGCUCCCCUGUAGCGCGCGCCGCGGGCCCAGCUGCGACCCCGGCCCCGCCCCCGGGACCCCGGCCAUGGACGACCUGUUUCCCCUCAUCUUCCCCUCGGAGCAAGCCCAGGCCUCGGGCCCCUACGUGGAGAUCAUCGAGCAGCCCAAGCAGCGGGGCAUGCGCUUCCGCUACAAGUGCGAGGGCCGCUCGGCGGGCAGCAUCCCCGGGGAGCGGAGCACGGACACCACCAAGACCCACCCCACCAUCAAGGUCAGCCCUGCUCCCCCGGGUGCAGCGGGGGCCCGGGCGUGGGGGGAGGGGCCGUGCCCGGGCCCCCAGCACGCACUGUACUUUGCACAGAUCAAUGGCUACACGGGACCAGGGACGGUUCGCAUCUCCCUGGUCACCAAGGACCCCCCUCACCGGCCUCACCCCCACGAGCUGGUCGGCAAAGACUGCCGGGACGGCUUCUAUGAGGCUGAGCUCUGUCCGGACCGCUGCAUCCACAGCUUCCAGAACCUGGGGAUCCAGUGUGUGAAGAAGCGCGACCUGGAGCAGGCCAUCAGUCAGCGCAUCCAGACGAACAACAACCCCUUCCAAGUGCCCAUAGAAGAGCAGCGUGGGGACUACGACCUGAACGCCGUGAGGCUUUGCUUCCAGGUGACAGUGCGGGACCCGGCAGGCAGGCCCCUCCGCCUGCCGCCCGUCCUCUCCCAUCCCAUCUUUGACAACCGCGCCCCCAACACUGCCGAGCUCAAGAUCUGCCGGGUGAACCGCAACUCGGGGAGCUGCCUGGGCGGGGACGAGAUCUUCCUGCUGUGCGACAAGGUGCAGAAAGAGGACAUCGAGGUGUACUUCACGGGACCGGGCUGGGAGGCCCGAGGCUCCUUCUCACAAGCGGACGUGCACCGACAAGUGGCCAUCGUGUUCCGGACCCCGCCCUACGCGGACCCCGGCCUGCAGGCGCCCGUGCGCGUCUCCAUGCAGCUGCGGAGGCCCUCGGAUCGCGAGCUCAGCGAGCCCAUGGAAUUCCAGUACCUGCCCGACACAGACGACCGGCACCGCAUCGAGGAGAAACGCAAGCGGACCUACGAGACCUUCAGGAGCAUCAUGAAGAAGAGCCCUUUCAGCGGACCCACCGACCCCCGGCCUCCGCCCCGGCGCAUCGCCGUGCCUUCCCGCAGCUCAGCUCCCGUCCCCAAGCCGGCCCCCCAGCCCUAUCCCUUCACGCCAGCCCUCAGCACCAUCAACUUCGAGGAGUUUCCCCCCAUGGUGUUUCCUUCUGGGCAGAUCCCAAGCCAGGCCUCGGCCGUGGCCCCUGCCCCAGCCAUGGCGUCAGCUCUGGCCCAGGCCCCUGCCCCUGCCCCUGCCCCUGCCCCUGUCCUAGUCCUAGCCCCCGGCCCCUCCCAGGCCGCGGCCCCGCCGGCCCCCAAGAGCACCCAGGCUGGGGAAGGCACGCUGUCCGACGCCCUGCUGCACCUGCAGUUCGAUGCUGAUGAAGACCUGGGGGCCCUGCUCGGCAACACCACGGACUCGGGCGGGCUCACGGACCUGGCGUCCGUGGACAACUCGGAGUUCCAGCAGCUGCUGAGCCAGGGUGUGUCCAUGGCCCCGCACACGGCCGAGCCCAUGCUGAUGGAGUACCCCGAGGCCAUAACUCGCCUGGUGGCGGGGUCGCAGAGGCCCCCCGAGCCGGCCCCCGCGCCCCUGGGGGCCUCGGGGCUCUCCAAUGGCCUCCUCUCGGGGGACGAAGACUUCUCCUCUAUCGCGGACGUGGACUUCUCGGCGCUUCUGAGUCAGAUCAGCUCCUAGGGGCCCCUUCCCGGAGCAGCUCCCGGGGUGCCUGCGGGUCCUGGGGUGUGCGCCGGCCGCCCCAGCUGCAGGCCACGUCUCCCGGGCGCGCGUUCUCUUCUCAUUGGCAGUCUCUCUCUCUCUCUCUCUCUCCUUGGAGGUGCUUGAGCCGAAGCAUUAACUCCUCUGGGAAGGUGGAGCUGAGGGCGCAGCCUUUGUCCUGUUGGCCAGCGCCCUUCCGCCUAGGGAACUCGAGGGGUCCGGCCCCGGCCCCUGGCCUCCCGUGCUCUGCUAGAGAGGGGCGGCUGGAGCGCCGGCCGUGGAGGCCACAAAGCCUUACUGUCACCAGUCUUCCUCACGUCAUGCCUUCGCGCCAGACAAGCCCGACACCGGCGCCCGCUGGCGCUCCCGUGUCCUUGUGCCCACACCAGCUCCGAGGGCCGGCCGGUGCGACAGUGCUGGCCCCCUCCAGGAUCCAGAGCGGACUUGGCCUGAGACCCCUGCCCACCCCGCUGCCCUGUCUUCAAGUGCCUUCGGAGCGUGGUGGGCGGGCGCCCGGCCGCGCGGUUCUCACAGAAGAAACAAAGCAGUUGGACUCUCGCUCUGUCUACUCUGAACUAAUAAAUUUGUUGCCAAGCUG